AUGAUCGAGAAGCGACGUGUGUACAUGUCGGACGACCUGCUGAGGCACAACCCUUGCAUCACCGCGUACAGGUCUCGGUCACUCAACCUGCGCCAGGAUCUCGCCGACGCCACCGUGCCCCUGCUCGGCGCGACAGCAACACGGCGCGCCAUCGGCGACUGGGGCCGGCCGGCGUCCGGCAUCACGCACCUCGUUUUCUGCACGACGGUGAGCGGGUGCAUCCCCGGCGCCGACUUCGAGGUCGUCAGGCUCCUCGGCCUCCCACUCUCCACCAGGCGCUUCAUGCUGUACCAGGUCGGCUGCCACGGCGGAGGCAUGGCGCUGCGCCUGGCCAAGGACCUCGCCAAGAACAACCCCGGCGCCCGAGUGCUGGUGGUGGGCUCGGAGGUGAUCACCAUGGCCUUGCGAUGUAACAACCCUGAUCAUUGGUAUGAGAACCGCCCAAUUUGA